AUGGCUGCAGAGGCGCCUAGUUUGGUCGGAACGAUUGAGACAGAAGUGGAGAUCAAAGCUUCGGCUGGAAAGUUCCAUCACAUGUUCGCUGGGAAACCACACCAUGUCCAUAAAGCAACUCCGGGAAACAUUCAGGGAUGUGAACUUCACGAAGGCGACUGGGGAAAAGUUGGGGCUAUCGUCUUCUGGAACUACGUUCAUGAUGGGGAGGCAAAGGUGGCAAAGGAGAGGAUCGAGGCGGUGGAUCCGGAUAAGAACAUGAUCACGUUCCGGGUCAUAGAAGGUGAUCUAAUGAAAGAGUACAAGAGCUUUGUGAUCAAGAUCCAGGUGACCCCUAAGCAUGGAGGGGCAGGGAGUGUUGUGCACUGGCACUUUGAGUAUGAGAAGAUUAACGAGGAGGUGGCUCACCCUGAAACUCUCCUCCAAUUCGCAGUCGAAGUUUCCAAAGAGAUCGACGAACAUCUCUUGGCCGAGGAGGAGGAGUAG